ACGAAACAUACUGAAGAGGAAUCCGCCGUAAACAAGCGUAUUCAUUAGAUUUCACAUUGCCUGAUAUAAGUUUGAACUGUUGAGGGGAGAGAUACACAGAUUUGGGAACGAUUUAGGAAUUUACGGAGAAUGGCUGCGACACGUUAUUUAUUUUUCGCCUUUGUUUGUUUGAUACUGUUUGGUUACAGUCAGGAAAAUGUAGACGAUGACAUUCGCGGUUUACCAAUGGACCAACUUAUACAAAAUGCAGCACAAAGUAGUCAAACCAUGGACUAUGCACAACCAGAUGACACCAUCCUAGUAGAACUCGACAUGAAGUACAGAAAGGCUGACUGGGAACAAAUACAAAGAUAUCGUUUAGAUCAGCGCUUUGCAAGUGACGAUGAUCGCUCCCGACUCCGCCGAUACAAGCGAAAGGCUGUCCGCAAUAAGAGAUGGGCAAAUAAUGAAAUUCCGUACGCCAUCUCAAAUAUAUUCUCAUCAGAUGACCUAGCCACUGUCAUGGCGUCUAUGAGCGAAUACCAUAAACACACAUGUCUACGAUUCCGUCAAGCUACAUCACGGGACACUCACAAGAUCGUCAUACAAAAUGGCGGCGGCUGUUCGUCAUACGUCGGUAAUGUUGGUGGAACUCAAGGAGUAUAUUUGGCACCAGCGUGCAGAAAGAAAGGCGUGAUUAUUCAUGAACUUGGACACGCAAUUGGGUUCCAACACGAACAAACCCGACCCGACCGUAAUAACUACGUCACCGUGGUCGAAGAGAACAUCCCUGAGCGUUACAGAAGGAAUUUCCAACGUUUUGGCGAUGAAGUUGUUGACAGUUUGAAUGUGGAGUAUGAUUAUAACAGUGUGAUGCAUUAUGGAGGGAGGACAUUCUCCAACAAUGGUAAAGAGACUAUCAUAACUAGGGACCCCAAGUACCAGAACGUGAUUGGGCAAAGGAUGGGCCUGAGCUUCCGCGAUAUAAAGCUGGCUAACCUGAUGUACUCGUGUAACUCCCAUUGUCCCACAAAGAUAAAAUGUCCUGGCGAAGGAUUCCAAGGCAAGAACUGUAAAUGUUGGUGUCCUGGGACUGUUGAAAAUCCUGUUAAGUCAUGCAGCGAAGCAGGUAGAAGCAUACCAAUAGCUAAAGCAGACUGUAAAGACAACCACGAGGGCUGUGCGUACUACAAAGGCCAAGGGUUCUGCCGCACAGGUAGUCCUUAUAUAUCGUCAAUGAAGAUCUAUUGCCAGAAAACCUGUGGGUUUUGUGAAGACGCAGAUGUCGAAAAGAAUUGCCGUCUUCCUCACAUUGAGAACAGCCGAAUCAGAAAGCAACUAACAUUCAUCAAGGACUUAUGGGCCGAGUUUCAACCCGGAGACGAGAUUGAUAUAGGUUGUGGACAAGGUUACACAAGAUGGGGUGAGAGGUAUCUUAAGUGUAGAAGUGAUGGAACUUGGGACUCGACGACACCUGUGUGCGCGCCAAUCAUGGCUUUUAGGAGCUGUGCCCUUCCUCUCAUAGAAAACGGACGCUACGCAGACAUCACCGCAGAAGCCCAGGACAGUGACUAUGGGGACUACGGUGACUAUACGUACGGGGAUGACAACGGUCUCGCUUCUGAUGAGAUACGAGAGGUCCCAGUUGGAGGUCGCUUGAAAGUUGAAUGUGACGCAGGCUUCAGGGUUAGCGGGUAUGCAACUGUAGUGUGCAAAGACGAUGGGCAGCUGACGAAACCUCCACUCUGUAUAGAUGAUAAUCCAUGCAAGGAUCGUAACACAAACUGCGGCGGAUGGGCGCGGCACGGCCAGUGCAGGGUCAAUCCGGGCUACAUGCUUGAGUACUGCAAGAAGUCUUGUAACAGUUGCAGAAAGACGGGCUAAGGUCGAUAAUGGAAUCUUUCAUCAAUGGCGAACAUUUGAUUUUUGAUAUCAUACCGAAUCAGGUGAAAUAUUGGGCCGGGGGCUAUCAACAGUAUGGGUGUACCCCCCCCCCCCCCCCCGCCCUCAAUCAUAAAUGAAGCGGACAGUAUUAAGUGUAAAUUACACAUUGCUAAGGCAUCAUGGAUUAGGUUAUUUCAUACUGAUAUCGCGAUAUUGCGUGGUUUGUUGUUUAGUUUUGUUUCGAAAUAUCUUUUGUCGCUAAGAGAGAAACUUAAUAUCAAUCAACCACCAUUCUACAGGGUGUAUAUGGGAAUGCAUUUAAUCAUUUUGUCUGUGUCAUGAUUAAAUGAAACAUUACUACUGUUGUAAACUUGUACAUAACAUAAUUCACGAUAUAAAUAAAUUCAUUCGAUGUA